AUGUUAGACGAAACUGAAGUUUUCAUUAUUGUAGCCAAGCAAAAAACCUUGGCUGAAGAUAUCGAAACAUUGAACAGAAAUGUUGGUAAGGACAGUGCGUCAAGGAAAACCCUCAGAUACAAAGAAGAAAGACUCCAACGUCUAAGUGCUCUAUGGUCUGAGUUUGACUCAAACCAUCAAAAAAUAGUGUCUACAGUAAAAAAGGACACUCCUUACAUGCAAAGGGAUACAUAUAACCGAGUGAAAUCGGUGUACGAAGAACUAAGAAAAAAAUUAGAUGCAAUCAUCCCAGAACUGGAAAAAAGGAAUGAAAGUGAAGGAAAACCUAAAGGCAGUGCAGAUGUUCUUCAGAUGCAAAAGUUGAAAAAACUAAGGCUUAAAGUCACCGCCAUAGUUGAAAACUUGGAAGAAUUUGAGCAAACUUUCGAUAACUACUCCAAAGAAAUAUAUGAGUACCAACAAAAAAUGUUACUUGAACAACUUCGAAACAUCACCGAUCUGCAUGAAGACUUUAUUGCAAAUGCAUCGGAGGAAGAUCUGAAGGUACCGUAUGUGGCAAACAACGAGUAUAAGGGUGUAAAACAGGACAUUAAUAGGUUCCUUCACCAAAUGGCAUCCAAUUUAGUCAAUGGCAACAAUAGUAACAAGCCAAAAGAAGCGAAACCCGAAUCAAUGCUUCCGAGGCUGAAGAUUCCAACCUUCAAAGGAAAUUUCUUAGAAUGGCAACCGUUUUAUGAUCUUUUCUCCACAAUCAUACACAAUAGAAGUAGCCUCAACACAUCAGAAAAAAUGGAAUAUCUGAAGACACAUUUAGAGGGAGAGCCGCUCCAUUUAAUCAAACAUCUUACAUAUUCAAGUGAAAACUACAAUAGUGCGUGGGAAAUCUUAAAAAACCGUUACAAUAACGAAAGAAAGAUUGUAUCUAUUCAUCUAGAAAAGAUGUUUAAGGCUGGACAGCCCAGUAACAUUUCAUCAGCAACGUCGAUCAAAAACAUUUUUGAUGCCAUCAAAGAAGGACUGGCAGCACUCAAAAACAUGGGUUUCGAUACCACAUCAUGGGACCCAAUUAUAGUACACAUGACGACUAAAAUGCUUGAUACCGAAAGCAGAAACCUGUUUGAACAAGGGCUAGCAGAACCAAACAAAAUGCCAAUUUUGAAGACACUUUUGGAUUUUCUGGAAAGGCGUUACCAAGCCCUUGAUGUCCUUGCUCCCACAAAGAAGCAAAACAAAUCUUUUGAUGAACCGAAACAUACACUUCGCAACUUUCACAUCGAUACGAAAAACCUCCAAUGCCCUAUUUGCAAAGGCGAACAUGUUAUAUACACAUGUCAAAAAUUCUUAAAUGCGACACCAAAAGAAAGAUGGCAGCUUUCCAAACAAGCUAAGCUCUGCUUGAACUGCUUACGACAUGACAAGCAAUUACAAUGCUUUAGCAAAAGAAAUUGCCAUCAUUGCAACAAAAAGCAUCAUUCAUUUCUACAUAUGGAUUGGGCUGAGCGAUUCCCCCAAAACAAACAAACAGACUCAGCUCAAAAAGACGUGAUAAAAACAACCAAACAAGUUAACCACAGUGAGCAGGACCAAAAUGUAAUAAUUGCAACAGCCAUAUUACAAAUAAACAAUGAAGACGGACUUGGCCGCAGUAUAACAAUACGUGCACUGAUUCACCCUGGAUCACAGGCGUCAUUGAUAACUGAAUCCAUAGCACAAACACUUAAACUAAAAAGACAAAAUGUUUCUGUUGAAGUAAGUGGCUUGGGUGCAACAAAUGCAGGAACCGCAAAAAACAAGGUCAAUGUCAAAAUAAGGCCUCACUUUACCUCAGAAUUUAGUCUCGGAUUAGAAGCUCUUGUACUUCCCAAACUUACAAGACAACUUCCUUCCAAGACUACAAGUUGCCUUAAAAUUGGAAAUUUAGAUCAGUUAAAACUCGCUGAUCCUACCUUUAAUGUUCCUGGACCGAUUGACAUGAUAAUUGGUGCUGAUGCAUAUGGUGACAUAAUUCUUGACGGAAUAAAACGAGAUGAUUCAAAUUCACUGAUAGCACAGAAAUCACAGCUAGGUUGGUUAAUAUCUGGGCGAACUUCAAAUGAAGAAACUAAUAAAUAUAGUAUCACUGGACUAGUAACACAAAUCUCAGUCGAUGUACUUGAAAAAUUUUGGGAGCUAGAAGAAGUUUCCCAACCAAAAAUUCAGAAAAAUGAAGACAAACAAUGUGAACAAUUUUACAAGGAAACACAUUAUCGAAAAUCAAAUGGGAGAUACGUUGUCAAAAUCCCAUUCAACCAAGAAACAAUGCAAACUAUGCAACUAGGCGAAUCCAAAAAUCGAGCAAUAGCGAGAUUCCGUCAAUUAGAAACUCAAUUGAACAAGAACCAGAAUCUUAAACUUGAAUAUACACAAGUAAUAAAUGAGUUUCUAGAGCUGGGGCACAUGAUAGAAGUUGAUUAUAACAAUCCGAACCGAGAGAAUAUUUUUUACAUGCCUCAUCAUGCCGUCAUUAAACCUACAAGUACAACAACAAAACUAAGAGUUGUAUUUGAUGGGUCGGCAAAAUCGACCACAGGAGUGAGCCUAAACCAACUAAUGUUAGUUGGCCCAAAACUACAAGACGACAUUACAACAAUUCUGAUGAGAUGGAGGAAACAUAAGUACGUGUUUACUUCUGACAUAGAAAAGAUGUACCGCCAAAUCGAACUACACGAAGACCACCAAGACUAUCAAAGAAUUUUGUGGAGGAGUUCUAAUGAUCGACCCAUUAAAGAGUACAAGCUCACUACUGUCACUUAUGGAACGGCAUCUGCUCCAUACUUGGCCAUUAAGACUCUUCAACAACUAGCUGAAGACGAACAACAGAAGUACCCUAUCGCUGCAGAAAUAGUCAAACAUGACUUUUAUGUCGAUGAUGUUAUGUCGGGAGGGAAUACGAUGGCAGAGUGCAGAAAAGCUCAAGAGCAACUUAAUGAAAUGUUAAGUGGUGCAGGCUUUCAUCUCCGAAAAUGGGCUGCUAACAACAAAAAACUGCUUCAACAUAUACCCCUGGAACUACAAAAUCAACAGAAAAUAGACGUCAUGAAGGAAGAGACAAUAAAAACUUUGGGAAUCCACUGGAAUCCUUUAAAUGACACUUUCCAGUUCAAGGUCAGCUUGGACACAAGCGUGGAUACCAUGCUCACAAAACGAAAAACCUUAUCCGAAAUAGCCAAACUGUUUGACCCCCUUGGCUGGUUGGCCCCUGUGACUGUUAGUGCAAAAAUCCUAAUGCAGCGCAUUUGGAAAUCUGAAAUCAACUGGGAUGACCCACUUCCAAUAGAACUUCAAAAACAAUGGAACAAGUUGAAAAGGAAUUUAAUAACAGUUGAAGACAUCAGAAUCCCAAGGUGGAUAGAAAUUACAAAGAACCAACAUUUUGAGCUUCAUGGAUUCUGUGAUGCAUCCGAAGCAGCAUAUGCAGCAGUGGUAUACGCAAGGGUGGCUCUACCAACUGGUUAUUUUGCUACAACACUCUUAACUGCAAAAACAAAAGUAGCACCAAUUAAAAAGAAACUUCCUCUUCCAAAACUAGAGCUAUGUGGUGCUCAUCUGCUGAUGAGCCUGGACAGAUUCCACGAUCACAUUGGCUUGGAUCCAAAAAUGCCCAUCUACUUGGAAGACAUUUGUUGCAAACCGAGUUUCAGAAAUACAAGAGGCAACAAACACAACUUGCUGGAGGCAUGUACGAUCAUCCGACAAUCCAGCUGA